AUGCUACCGAUACAUUUUGGGCGGCCGGUCGUCAGUAACGACAUGUUGGAUGCUGGCCUUCGAGAGGCGCAGCACAAGUACAGCGAAUUCGAGACGUGGAUAGGCAAAAAGCAAAAGCAGAAGACAAAAGAGAUGAUCUCUUGCAUUAGGAAGGAUGCGCCCACAAAAGAUUCAAACGGCUAUAUCUAUGCUGUACAGAUCCAAGAAAACGAAUUGGUCAAAGUUGGACGCGCUAGAGCUGACAAUACGGAGCGACCCAUGGAUGUGCAGAAGUGCAGCUUCAAAGCUGGAAGAAUUUUCAGAACAGACAAUUUCGACGCAGUCUUCAAGGCUGAAAAACUGGUCCACCAUCUGCUCUCCCAGUGGAAUAGUCCUUUCGAAUGCACCCAAUGUAAGGGCAAGGAGAAACCCCCAACGAAACACCAAGAAUACUUCAGCUGUGGGCUUUGGUUCGCUAUAUCAGUGAUCAAUCUUGUCACGUCCUGGUUUCUCAAGAAGCCUUAUGACAUAGAGGGUCAAGAAGGCUCCCUGAAAAAGGCGUGGGAAGAGGCCUUGGAAGCGUUCGAACAGAGUCAAAAGUCCCAACAUCCCAUGGAGUGGUUCGAAUUUUUCCUCAUCGAUGUCGAAUCUCAACUUUCCUGGAAAUCACAUCACCCAGCAUUGGGUACUCCGUGGCAUUUGCCUGCCAACCCAGUGCAACUUGUCCCCCACGGCACCUUCCACUUUGCAAGCCCAAAGCCAAAACCAGACACACCCAAGGGCAGUCCUGCUGUUGCCCAGGUAUCAUCUCUGGCUCGUCAAGGACACCAAAGGAAGCGAUCAGAAUAUACGUUGUCGAGUCGUUCAGAGUCGGCCCCACCGAAGACAAUGUCACACUGGGAUCAAACUCCGUCACCCCCCGAGACGCCUUCAAAACCACCGAGAUCCGUCCCCGCCCGCUCAGGCAAAGGUUCAAAGACGGGCUCUUCCUCCACUUCUAGAAUAGAGGAGGGGCAGAAAGGCCAGGGUUGGGAGGACGUGAGAGAGGCAGACCAAGAGGGCGUGGCGGACGAGGACAUCAGACGAGAUGCUGCCGCUACCUCUAAAGAAGAUGGAGAUGGCGAAGUGACUAUCGCAGCUGCCAGGUUAACCCUUUCAGACGGCGGUCCAGAGACCGGCUUGCGCACUACCAUGCUGAUCGAGCGUAUCCGUGUCUUUGUGGGGUUUUGA